AUGUCGGACAAUCUGGUCGGUAAACUCGUCAAGGAGUUGCAGAAACUGGCUCUCCCAACCGUCAGCGAACCACCCCUGCCAAGCUCAGCCUCGCAGGCAAUUUCGAUCGGUGGACCUCUCGCUUGGAGGACUAACUGCUGGGUAUCGACGCCAGUGGCCAUGUUUCAGGCAUUCUGGCUCAGCUGGACGACGACGUCUACGAUCUGGCUCGGGCUGCCGGCGUAUCAUCCUCCAUGCCGGGCACGGAGAUCUUAAAGAAUCUUCGAGGAAUCCUCUGCGGGACGACGCCCUCCUGGCUGGAGCGGUCCGAAUCUCGCCGUCAAACCCAAGAACCUCCGGAAGGGGUAUGGGAUUUCUACCAGGCUCUCCGUCUCCUCGGGCACCGGGCCUAUCCCACCAUGACUGCCGCGGACCUGGAUCAGAUGCUGCUGAACCAAUUCGUCCACGGUUUGUCGGAUCCAGAGGUUCGGAAGGCCCUCCUCCGUGAACAGCCUUCUACUCUGGACGCUGCCGUUCGACUUGCCCAGCAAGAAGAGGCGCUGCAGACCGCUUGUUCCGCCCGCCCCUUGUAA